AUGGAGGACGAGCAGCCCGACAGCCUCGAGGGCUGGGUGCCGGUCCGCGAGGACCUCUUCGCCGGGCCUGAGCGGCACCAGCUGCGCUUCUUGGUGGCCUGGAACGACGCGGAGGGCAAGUUCGCCGUGACUUGUCACGACCGCACGGCGCAGCGGUGGCGGCGCAAGGGGAGCCAGCCGGGGCCCGCCCCGCGCGAGUUCCGAGAGAAGGCCCUGCGGGCGCGGUGGGCCGAGGCGGGCGCGCGACUGCACCAGAUUCUUCAUGGACAUGGAAAUGCCAACACAAUGGUAGCAUUAAUGAAAGUUUAUCAAGAGGAAGAUGAAACAUACCAGGAGUUUGUUACUGCGGCAACCAUGUUCUUUCAGUAUUUACUGCAGCCAUUUAGGGAUAUGCGAGAAGUUGCAACUUCAUGUAAGCUUGAUAUUUUGAAGUCCUUGGAUAAGGAUAACCUGGGUCCUAGAAGGAUAGCUUCCCUAGAGAAAGAAGCCAAAGAAUGGACCACACGGGCUGAAGAAGCUAUCAUCUCUAUUCAAGAUAUCACAGUGAAUUAUUUUAAGGAAACAGUAAAAGAAUUAGCAGGAAUGCAGAAACAAAUGGAACAAGAUGGGAAGAGAUUUGGCCAAGCUGCCUGGGCCACAGCAACUCCCAGGUUAGAAAAACUUAAGCUAAUAUUAGCUCAAGAGACUCUGCAACUUAUGAGAGCCAAAGAGUUGUGUUUAAAUCACAGGAGAGCUGAAAUUCAAGAAAAGAUAGAAGAUCUUCCAGAACAAGAAAAAAAUAGAGAUGUUGUAGAUGAAUUGGAAAUACAAUUUUAUGAGAUUCAGUUAGAACUAUAUGAGGUUAAAUUUGAGAUACUGAAAAAUGAAGAAAUACUGCUUAUUACACAGUUGGACUCUAUUAAAAGACUUAUAAAAGAGAAACAGGAUGAAGUUGUCUAUUAUGAUCCAUGUGAGAGUCCGGAGGAGCUUAAAGUCAUUGAUCAUGAGGUAGGGCUGCAGGAUGAUAAGAAUUUGGAGGUGAAGGAACUCAGAAGGCAGUGCCAGCAGCUGGAGUCUAAGCGGGGCAGGAUCUGCGCCAAAAGAGCCUGUCUCAGAAACAGAAAGGAUCAAUGUAAAGAAAAUCGUCGGCUCAGAUUGCAACAGGCUGAAGAAAGCAUAAGAUAUUUUCAUCAGCAUCACAGUAUUCAGAUGAAAAGAGACAAGAUAAAAGAAGAAGAGCAAAAGAAAAAAGAAUGGAUAAACCAAGAACGCCAAAAAACACUCCAGCGAUUGAGAGCAUUUAAAGAGAAACGCCCAGCUUGGUCUGUCCUAAACACCUCUUGCUCAGAAUCUGUGGCUCCUACCCUGCCAGGUGGCCUUUCCCAGCAGACGUCCUCACCAGUUUCCCAGAUGGCAUCGGUAAAAAACCCAUCCUCUAGGAAAACCAGAGGUGUUCCCUUAUUGGAAGUUAGUAAUGUGAAAACCCUCAAGUGUCAAGACUGUCUUGGAAAUAUCCCUGUCCAGGUUUCUGUUCCAGCUGGUGACCAAAUACACCAUACAUCUGGUGGGGAAUUGUUACUGCCGUGGCUGCCACCACCGCUGCUGCCUCCUCCCCCACCGCCGCCUCCUCCUCCUCCACCACCACCCCCUCUCCCUGCUCUGUCCUUGUCCUCUCAAGCUGCAACUCACCAGAAUGUAGGCUACAGGACUACAGUAAAAGAUGACCAGCCACUUCCUCUAGUGUGUGGAUUGCCUGAGAGACCACAUGAUUCCCUGGAAAGUUUUCAGUGCCCAGGAUCUAUGGAUGAAGUGUUGGCCUCCUUAAGGCAUGGCAAAACCCCACUCCGGAAAGUGGAAGUGCCUGCUGUGCCCUCUCCCCGCACCUCAGUCAAUGAGCACAUUCUGGCUGCCAUAAGGCAAGGGGUAAAACUGAAGAAAGUUCACCCAGAGUUUGGCCCAAGCCCCAGCAGGAAACCAACCAGUGACCUUGAAAGGAGUAUCAAGGCAGCUCUCCAGAGAAUCCAGAAAGUGUCUGCUGACUCCGAGGAGGACAGCGACGAGCAGGACCCUGGCCAGUGGGACCGGUGAGCUCUUCUCCAAGUUCGACAAAGGCACCUUGGGUGAAGCAGGGGUGCCAAGCCUGUUCUUGAUAAAGCACGUGGACAGGGUGCUUGAUAGCUGGGCCACAUAACACCCUGAAAAAUCAGCAGGGCUUUGUGUGGGAUACUGCAACUUUUUUGUGACACUGUGGCUCUUAAAACUGGGAGGGAAGCAGAGAUGUGGACUUUCACACCAAUCUGCAGUUGGGGCAUGAAAACUCAUAAGCAGUGUUGCUGGCUUAGGAGAAUAGCAUUUAUUUCUCACCAUGCAUAGGUGAUCUAGAAUCAUUCCUUGAUUCUGAAAGUUUACACUACUCUGGUGUUCACUAUUAGACUACUGACUGUGGCCUCCUAUGCAUAUGGUAUAGUGGUUUCUCAGAGUUACAGGUUUGAAUGUGAAUGUUAUUUUAGCAAUACUCAGAGUUAAUUGCUUAUAGUCAUGAGUUAUUUUAAAUAUUUAAAUAAAAUUUAUUUUAUGUAUCAAA